AUGGCCCAGACUCAGUUCACGCGGAGCUCUGAGAGCGACGCAUGGGCGCUCCUAUCCCUGAAGUCGGCGCCCUCGUCGCCGUCGAAGGUGCAGUGGGCACAGGAGCCGGCCCCGAUUGCUAUCGCACGCCUCGAUGGACGUGAUUUUGAGUACAUCAUACGACAAAAACGAGUAGUGAUAGGCCGGAAUUCGAGUCGUGGUCAAGUGGAUGUCAACAUGGGACACUCUAGUUUCAUAUCUCGCCGGCACUUGGAGCUGUUUUAUGACCACCCGGAGUUUUACCUGACGUGCAACAGUAAAAAUGGCGUGCUAGUGGACGGUGUGUUCCAGCGGAAGGGUUCCGCCGCGAUGCUGCUUCCAAAGAGAUGUACACUACGUUUUCCUUCGACAAACAUUCGACUGGAGUUCCAGUCUCUCGUGGAGGAGAGUGGAGGGGGCAACAGUUCCGGGGCUUCCCUGGUUCCUCUCCGCAUCGCUAUCCCCAUGGACAACGACGCACGAAGUCCGGCACCCUCACCCACGGGUACGAUAAGUGCGGCGAACAGCUGUCCGACGUCGCCGCGAGGGGCGGGCUCGUCGGGGCGGCGGCACGCUGACCUCGGUCUGGUCGCGCAAUAUGCGGCGCUGGCUGACCACCAGCGACCCACCAACGGCACUGCGGUGUCAUCGACGACAUCGGAUUCCGGGUACGUGAGCCGAGACGUGCGCGACUCGCGCGAGGCGCGUGAGGCGCGGGAGGCGCGCGACGACGCGAAGCCGCCGUACAGCUACGCGCAGCUGAUCGUGCAGGCCGUCGCCUCCGCGCCCGACAAGCAGCUCACGCUCAGCGGCAUCUACAGCUACAUCACCAAGCACUACCCGUACUACCGCACCGCGGACAAGGGCUGGCAGAACUCUAUACGACACAACCUCUCGCUCAACAGAUAUUUCAUAAAAGUGCCGCGCAGUCAAGAGGAGCCCGGCAAGGGCAGUUUCUGGCGCAUCGACCCGCAGAGCGAGGGCAAGCUCAUAGAGCUCGCGUUCAGACCGCGGCGCCCGCGCGGCGUGCAGUUCCGGGCACCGUUCGGACUGUCCUCCAGGAGCGCGCCGACGUCCCCGUCGCAGGUGGGAGUGUCGGGUCUGGUGACGCCCGAGGAGUUGUCGCGGGAGCCCACGCCCGAUCUGCUGCACGAGGAACACGACCAUCAGGGUCAUCAGCAGCGGCUGGGCGGCGCUUCGCAGCAGUACCUGUUCCCGCGCGCCGCCGGCCUCACGCACAGCGCGCCAGGAUCACCCGGUCACGGUCUGGGCUAUGGCGGCGGAGGCGGGGGCGGGGCCGGGGGCGGGGGCGGGCUGGUGGUGGCGGGGCAUCAGAUCACCGUCGUCACCAACGGGGCCGGCGGCGAGAGGGAAGAGAAGUACGUGGUGGGCACCACGACGGGCGGCAACCUCGUGUCCAUACAGGAGGAUGACGCGCCCCCCUCCGUCGUCAUACACCAACACUCGCCUUACUACGCGGGCAACUACGGGGGCGGUGGCGGGGGCGGGGCGGCGGUGGAGGAGGGCGCGGUGGGCGGCGAGCUCGUCAUAGAGGACGCGCCCGACGAGCCGCCGCACAAGCGCGCGCGCCACCACGACAUGUCAGACUUAGAUGAUCGACGUUCGUAUUGA